ACCAACGGAUUUUCCUCCUCAAUCUCUCUCUCUCUCUCUCUUCCUUUUCACUACAGUACUUUUACACACGCACCCAUAUAUAUAUACACUUACAUACACAUGUCCACUUUGUAUCAUCGUUUUAGCUCAUUGUUCUUCCCAUUUUUGCUUCCUCUUCUUUCCUCAUCAACAACACUAUCAUCCUAAUUUUCAAACACACACUCUUCUUGUGAUCAUCGACAUUUGUUUAUGAUCUGGGUGGCUUCGUUUGAAGAGAUAAAAAUUGGAUUUUGACGCAUUCCCAGGAUUUCAUGGGUUGAACUGAAACAAUCAUAUGGGUAGUUUCAGUGGAGAAGAAGAUUGUCGGUUUUUUGAUGCUGAAGAGGAUGUUCUGUCUAUUAGGGAUGUAAAUUCCGAUGAUGAUGAUAAAGGGGUGUCUGUGUCUGUUGAUUUUGAUUAUGAAGUGUGGAUUCGGAGUCCAAAGAGUGUGAGAGAGCGUAGGAGGAGGUUUAUGAAGAGCAUGGGAAUGAGUGUAGAUGAAAUUGUAGUUGAAAAUUCGUUAGAUUUUGAGAAGGAAGAUAUUAUGGAAAUAGGAAAAGACAGUAAUGGUUCUGUAGAGGAAUUCAGUUCAUGUCGGUUGUCAUUGUCUUGUUGCUCUAGUGUGAGUUCUUCGGAGGAAUUUGGUUUAGUGGAUAUUAAUAACUUGCCAUUUCAAGAUGGAAAUUUAGAGAAAAGAAUGAGGGCUAAUGAGAAGAUGAGUGAUUGUUCAGAUCAAUUGGUAGUUGCUAAGGAAUCUGAGGAUUUUGUGAAUGUCUCUGGAGUGUCUCAUUUUCAAGGAUUGGUAGAUAGGGAGUUUGAGGAUACAAAUGGUGUUGUGGUUACUAGAACGAUAAAUAGGGCAAGAAGGGGUUGGUUGAGAAGAUUGAGAUCGAUGACGUGCGUGGUUGAUAAUGAUAGAAAAGAAGGGAGUUAUGCAGUCUCAGGGUGUAGGCUUCAGAAAGUAAAGGUCCGUCAAUGUAGGAAGAAAAUGAAGGAACUUUCAUCACUUUACUUGAGGCAAGAUAUUCAAGCGCACGAAGGUGCAAUUUUGACCAUGAAAUUUAGUCCUGAUGGGCAGUAUCUGGCCACAGGUGGUGAAGACGGGGUUGUUCGGGUGUGGCAAGUGGUUGAGGAGGAUAGAUGUAAUGAAAUUCACAUUCCAGAAAUUGACCCCUCAAGCAUUUACUUUACAGUGAAUAAUCUCUCUCAAUUGACACCAUUGUUUAUGGAUAAGGAAAAACUUGGUCAACUGAAGAGCAUGAGAAAGACUGCAGAUUCAGCUUGUGUUGUUUUCCCGCCUAAGAUCUUCCGGUUGUUGGAAAAACCAUUGCAUGAGUUCCGUGGGCAUAGAAGUGAAGUUUUGGAUCUCUCUUGGUCAAAGAAGAAUUAUCUUCUUUCAUCAUCAACUGACAAAACUGUCCGACUAUGGCAAGUGAAUCGUGACCAUUGCUUGGAAGUGUUUUCACACAGUAAUUAUGUGACAUGCAUACAAUUCAAUCCUGUUGAUGAAGAUUAUUUCAUUAGCGGAUCCAUAGACGGAAAGGUGCGCAUCUGGACGAUUCCCGAUUCUCAGGUUGUUGAUUGGACUGAUGUCAGAGACAUAGUGACUGCAGUAUGUUAUCGACCGGAUGGGCAGGGAGGAAUUGUUGGAUCUUUAGAAGGAAAUUGUUGGUUUUAUAAAAUAUCAGAUAACCAAUUGCAGUUGGAUUCCCAACUAUGCUUAAUUGGUAAAAAGAAACUUCCUGGCAGAGGGAUAACUGGCUUUCAGUUUCUUCCUCAAGAUUCCAACAAAGUUAUGGUUACCUGUGCUGAUUCACAAGUCAGAAUCCUUGAUGGGCUUAAUGUGAUUUGUAAAUACAAAAGCCUUAACACAGGGAGUCCAAUGUGUGCAUCAUUUACCUCAGACGGGAAACAUAUUUUAUCAGCAUGCGAGGACUCUAAUGUAUAUCUAUGGAACGUUAAUCAGGAAGAGUCUAAUAACCCCAUGAAAUCUAAGAAAGUUAGGUCUUGUGAGCGGUUUUCCUCAAACGCAUCAGUUGCGGUACCUUGGCACGGUUUGAAACCUCAAGUCACCGAAAAUGAACAAUUGAAUGUCUUGGAUAAAAAGUCACCACAAGUUGUUAUGCAAUUACACCCCAACCCACCUGCUUCUUUCUCUCUGAGCCAAGAUUUUUUCUUAGAGUCUUUUCCAAAGGGAUCUGCAACAUGGCCCGAGGAGAAGCUUCCUGUUUCGGGCUCCAAGACCAAAAAAACAUCAUUGCUGCGAAAGUCCGAAUACAAAUUCUUGAAAUCUUCGUGCAAGAGUACCAACAGCGCUCAUGCGUGGGGUAUGGUCAUUGUGACUGCAGGCUGGGAUGGGAAGAUAAAAACAUUCCAAAAUUACGGGCUACCUGUACCAGUUUGAAAUGAUGUGUGACUUUUCCUAAGUUGGAAAAAAUAGAAUCAAGAUUCAUUGCUUUGUUGGACAUGUUGUCCUUUAGAAAAUUACAUGCUACAAAGUUUUUGGAAAUAGACUCUCUAUUGUAACUGCAAGAUGCAGUUAAAGAUCUCAGCCAUCCAAUUCCAAAUCAAUCGCAGGAUCGUUUGAAAUUAAUUUACUGACUAUGCAAUCUGAACCGUUCGAUCUCAAAUCAAUGACCGAAAUUGAUUACCGCAUGAUAUUUGAAGUGCAGGAAAUCCUGGUCCAAAGUUUAUGGAGGCUUGAGAAUGAUGUUAAAUUUGGCAGCAUAAGGUAACAAGCAAUUUGAGGUCAAAACCAUGUGCAAGAAAAUCAGAUUAUUGAGGUCAAUGACAAGUGGUGACACUGUUCUUGUUGUAAUGUAAUGCAAAUAGCCAAGUUUUAGCUUGUCUUGAUCUUCAAGUCUUAAUUGGGUUUUGGUCCACAAGAAUCUACUGGCCCCUAAAAGAGAUGCAAAGUCAUGUGUUAAAAAAACUUGGAAGGGUCCCUAAAAGAGAGGAUUUUGAUAUGUUGUGGGACCAUGGGACCUUUGAAAACCCUUUUGGUUGCUAAGGUGAAAGGUGGAGAUUUCAAAAGUUGGUGGCUCAAGUUCACUCUUGAUCAAUCAAAAUGCUAAGGGUGAAUAUCUUUGUCUGCCAAUUGUGCCAUCCAUGUGAUCUUGUGGCCAUUUGUACAAAAGGGUUAACUUGGAAAUGUGUGGUAGUUGUUUUUGCUGGAAUAAGUGCUUUAGCUGCUGCAAUGAGAGUAAACAAACAGUACGAACAAGCAAUGUGAUUAUGAUCGGUUUUAGUGGCUCGAAGUCUUUGUUUGGCAACUGUUGUAGUGCUGACAAAUAUCAUCAUUAUUACUAACAAAAAUAUUCUGUACAUGGUCUCAAUUUUAGGCCAACAACGCCUUUAAUUAGUUGAGGUACAACUAUGUUGGUCUUUCCUCAUUUGAUGUAAAUUUGUAAUUUGCUCGUGUAAGUAAUAGUAAUAUUUUGUUGGUUUGGCUUUUUGGUUGAGGGAAAUAGAAAGUGAACAGAAGUUUAUCAAUGA